GUGUUUUACCCCAUUGCCCUCCAGCCCCCUUGUCCAACGCACCAUGGCAGAAAUAGAUAACUUCGAUGCUGCUGAUUCCGGCGCCUCCAACACCUUCCCCAUCCAGUGCUCCGCUCUGCGCAAGAACGGCUACGUGGUCAUGAAGGGACAUCCCUGUAAGAUCGUGGAGAUGUCGACCUCCAAGACUGGCAAGCACGGACAUGCCAAGGUCAACCUGACCGGCAUUGACAUCUUCUCCAACAAGAAGUACGAGGACAUGUGCCCCUCCACCCACAACGUUGACGUUCCCCACAUCAAGAGGACAGAGUGGCAGUUGCUGAACAUCACCGACGGCUUCAUGUCCCUGAUGUUCGAGAACGGAGACCUGCGGGAGGACCUGCGUCUGCCAGAGGGUGACCUGGGCAAGGAGAUCCAGGCCAAGUUUGAAAACAGUGAUGAUUUCUUGGUCACCGUUCUCAGCGCCAUGGGUGAGGAGUGUGCCGUCUCCGUUAAAGCCCUGUCCAGUAAAUAAGAAGUCACGACGUCUUUGCUGUCCUGGUCGACAAGUCCCACCCACAUCUAGUCUCCUGCAUUCUCAUAGGUCAUUAGGUCAUCAAAGUACCCACCUUCGGACAGUCUCCCAACCUCACUCGUCCGUUAUAAUUGCUCAUUUCUUUAAGGGUUUUCUUUCUUUUUUUUCCUCCCCAUGUAUUACUGCAGCCGUCCCGGGCGGACCCAGCCGACCGCCCGGGUUUUGUUUAAUACGUGCUCCUUCAUAAAGUGUCUUGGAAAACCAUUUUCAUCGGUCGCUCCUCGCUGUUUGUCGUGACCUUCUGAAACUUCGGUCUCACCCCUCGCGUCCCCGGACGUCUCGGUGACGACAGGAACCGGCUUUUAGUUUUUAUAUAUAUAUACUAUACAUGUUUUAUAUAUAUAUUCAAAUGUAGCGGGUGGUGUCUUGCCUUUUCGUUGGGGUUGGAGGGGGGGCGACAGCUCGCCUGCUUAGGAAGAGACGACACUGGUGAGGAGAAGAGCCCGAGUACAUGACUGAAACCUGAGGUCCCCCCUUCCAGCCUGCCACCCCUCUGCUUCGCAGCAUGGCCCAACACCCUCUCUCCCGAGGGUUCUGCUCUCGACGAAGAACCACCUAACACCGGGAAGGCCAACCACUGGCACUAAACCGGCCCUCCAGGGUCAUCCAAGCUUUCCAAAGCGCUGAAAAAAAAAACUAACAAAA